AUGGAAUCGGCGCCACGUAGUUUAUUGAGCGCCCUGACCACCUGGAAUUGCUGGGGCGUGCCCUUUGCCUCUCCGCUGCUCUUCCACCGCUUUGGGCGCUGGCGGGCCUUCCAUGACCAGCAGCUCGUGAAGCUUCUCAAAUACCAGCGCCUCAAGUGCAAGCAGGUCGAGCUCUACGACACGCUUUCCUGCUGUAUCUGGGAUGCCGCUCAGAAGCUCUUCGACAAGUGGGAGGUUGGCGCUCCACGGAUUGAGUAUGCCUCGGUGGUCGGGAACAGAGGAAUGUCCUUGGCCUGGAACUCCUUGGUGGACUCUGGGCUCUGCAUCUUAGCGACUCGGUCGCCCUCUGAGAGGGGCUUCCGCGCCUAUCGAAAUUGGCCAGAUGGGUGGCACGAGGAGCGGUUGGCCAACAAAGGCGUUCUCUGGGCCUUCUGGGGUGGGCCCCAACAAGGAUUGCUGGUUUUGAACACCCAUUUGUCCACGAGAGGGGCAGUAAAGCGAAAACAGCUGGAGGAACUGUCCUGCCUUUUUGCAGAGCUGCGCAGCAAGUUCCUCGCGUUCUCCAGAGUACUGGAGGUUUACAUCUGUGGGGACUUCAACAUGGAUUCUCGCUGGGACGAUUGCUUCAAAGCGUGGUACGAGGAGCUCGAAUUGGAGAUCUUGACCACUCAGAAGCCGACCUGUGGAGCUGCUUUGGACCACAUUUUCCUCUGGCGCUCCGAUCGCAGGAAGAUCGCUACGGAGGUCUCUGAUCCGAUCAAGCCCUGGGUUGGUGACUUCUGCCGCCGGCAGAGAGAGGACCUCUCAGACCACUGCUGGCAGGGGCUCGUCCUGCCUUAA